AUCCCGGCUCCCCCCUCUGCGCUGUGUCACUGGCGGAGGGCUCGGCCGUCGCUGCUCCCCUCGGCGGGGCCCCGUUGCAUUGCAGCCUGAGGAGUUGGAGCGGGGAGGCAGGACAACUACUUUCCUUACAUUGUUGGUGAGUUUGCAGCAAACUCCUCCGCCCGGGCCCCCGACCCCGCUGGAUCCGACUCUCCCCGGGGCCCCCGGAUCCCCUGCUCCCAGCCGGCCCAUCGCUCUCCUGCACAGGAUAUCACUGCGGGGCCCCCCAGCCUCCUCUUCCCAUCCCCAGGCGCUUGGCAUGAGUUAGCCAGCCAUGGACACCAAGCAUUUCCUGCCGCUGGGUGGCCAUACAUGUGCUGAGACCAUCAGGUGUAUGACCAGUUGCACCAUGGGAUACGAUUUUUCCACCCAGGUAAACGCCUCGUCCUUAAACUCCUCGGGCCUCCGCGGGUCUAUGACUGCCCCUCUGCUCCAUCCGUCCCUCGGCAACUCUGGGAUCAACAACUCCCUGGGUUCCCCCACUCAGCUCCACUCUCCUCUCAAUGGAAUGGGCCCGCCUUUCUCCGUUAUCAGCCCGCCCCUGGGGCCCUCCAUGCCCAUUCCAUCCACGCCCGGCCUCGGCUUUGGAACAGGCAGCCCUCAGAUCCAUUCCCCCAUGAACUCGGUCAGCAGCACAGAAGACAUCAAGCCUCCUCCGGGAAUCAACGGCAUCCUUAAAGUACCGGCCCAUCCCUCAGGACCUAUGGCCUCUUUCACCAAGCACAUCUGCGCCAUCUGCGGUGACAGAUCUUCAGGCAAACAUUACGGGGUUUACAGCUGCGAGGGCUGCAAGGGGUUUUUCAAGCGGACGGUGCGGAAGGACCUGACUUACACCUGCCGGGAUAGCAAGGACUGCAUGAUUGACAAGCGACAGCGGAACCGGUGCCAGUACUGCCGGUACCAGAAAUGUCUAGCGAUGGGCAUGAAGAGAGAAGGGAUGGAACACCAUCCAUCCCAGCAUUCCCGAGAUCUGCGAUGUCAGGCGGAACAAGCCGUCCAGGAGGAGAGACAGAGGGGGAAGGAACGAAACGAGAAUGAGGUGGAGAGUAGCAGCAGUGCCAACGAGGACAUGCCGGUGGAGAAGAUCCUUGAUGCAGAGCACGCGGUGGAACCAAAGACUGAGACAUACAUAGAGGCGAACAUGGGCCUCGCUCCCAACUCUCCCAGUGACCCUGUUACCAACAUUUGCCAAGCAGCAGACAAGCAACUCUUCACACUGGUUGAAUGGGCAAAGAGAAUCCCUCAUUUCUCCGAGCUGCCUCUGGACGACCAAGUUAUCCUACUUAGGGCAGGGUGGAACGAGCUCCUUAUUGCCUCAUUUUCACAUCGUUCAAUAGCUGUCAAAGAUGGAAUCCUCCUCGCCACGGGCCUUCAUGUACAUCGGAACAGCGCACACAGUGCAGGAGUCGGUGCAAUUUUUGAUAGGGUCCUCACAGAACUGGUAUCCAAAAUGAGAGACAUGCAGAUGGACAAAACAGAACUCGGUUGCUUACGAGCCAUUGUCCUCUUCAACCCAGACUCAAAAGGUCUCUCGAACCCCUCAGAGGUUGAGGCUCUCCGAGAGAAAGUCUAUGCAUCGUUAGAGGCCUACUGCAAACAGAAAUACCCCGAACAGCCCGGGAGGUUUGCGAAACUCCUCCUACGCCUGCCAGCUCUACGCUCCAUUGGUCUGAAAUGCCUGGAACACCUCUUCUUCUUCAAACUAAUAGGAGACACGCCCAUCGACACUUUCUUAAUGGAGAUGCUGGAAGCCCCUCACCAAAUGACUUAAGAAGAACGGAGAACCUUUUACCUUUUGUGCGUCGAGGGCUGUGGACUCCUCGUUGGAUGCCCUCAGGGACACUUUUGGUCUCCUGGACGCCUACAGAGAAAAAAAGAAACCCGACACGUCCAAGAGACCCCCUAUCUCUAAGUCACAUCUGCGCCUUUACUCCACCCACAGAGCUAGGGAAAAAGCUCUAGCGGAGCAGCAACGGACAUCAGGGAUGUGCUCAGAGUGGGCUCCUCCCACCGUAUUUGUCUCUUUAAGAGAGAUGGCUUGGUUUGUCGCUGCUGAGGCUUCAGUUGUUGAUAUCGUUUGGCUCCUCGGUUCCCCCCCAGUCCCCGUCCAAACACCAGCACCUGGAGUCGAGAUGAAUUCGCACAGAUCGUGGAGAGUGAAUGUAUUUCUUUUUUUCUAUGUUCAACAAGUCGGCCGGAGACUUCUCUUUCUGGACUCCUGGCGAUGGGCAAAGUUGCCACUAGAUCGAGAACAAGGAUAAGAGCCGCGACGGUGGUGAAUAUACAGAGUUAUGCCAUACUUGACUUUAGGCCUUAAUAAUCGAAGAACAAAAACCCAUCUCAGAACAGAGCUUACCUUUUUAUUUCUUCUUCUCUUCACAAGCGGGCUUUAUACUAUGACGGAUAUGGCCAUAGAACUGGACUUUUUUUAUUCUGUGGUAUCAACGCUAAAGAGCGUGAAGGUAGCUCCACUGCCUCCUUCAUCACGUAGAGGCAGAGAUGUUGGAUCUGCAGUCCAGCAGCUGUUGUGGAACUCUGUUCUAAUGGGGCUGAAGUUCAACAGCAGCUCCUGGAAGGGCAUUUGGACAACCCUGCCGUUAGGACCGCCAUUGGGUGAUUGUCUAAGGCGCUUUAGAUCAAGGCACUACAGAAGUACUUUGUCGUCAUGUACUUUACAAACAAAAGCUAAAAGCCAUGACUAGGAUUUGCCGUUUCUUUGAGAAACAUCUAGAUAAUCAAUGUGGUCCUUCUGGGUUCCACCGUCUAGGUUCCACCUGGUUUAUGCUACAAGUUGUCUCUAGAGAGUCGUUUUGGGUUGAUAGUAGAGAUGGACGCAGAGGGGGCAGCAAAUCCAAGUCGUUUUGUUCAGGUUUAGAAAGUGUAAAAAGUUUUAUUGAAUUUGUUCCCUAACCUAAGGGUUACCGCUACAGAGUUCUGAAGGAGAUCUUCAUGUCCAAGGGUGGUUUGGUGGAGUCAAGUUCCUUUACAUACUUAGUUAAGAUCUUUGGGGUCUAUAUGAAAAGUUUUAUUGAAUUUGCUCCCUGACCUAAGGGUAACCGCUACAGAGUUCUGAAGGAGAUCUUCAUGUCCAAGGGUGGUUUGGUGGAGUUAAGUUCCUUUACAUACUUAGUUAAGAUCUUUGGGGUCUAUAUGAAAAGUUUUUAUUGAAUUUGCUCCCUGACCUAAGGGUUACCGCUACAGAGUUCUGAAAGAGAUCUUAAUGUCCAAGAGUGGUUUGGUGGAGUCAAGUUCCUUUACAUAGUUAGUUAUGAUCUUUAUGGUCUAUAUGAAGGCUACAGGGGGCAAACAGGGUGUCUGAUACCCUUCCACCCACAAACUUUAUGCUCCUGUGAGAAAGUAGAUGCUCCUACAAAUUGAACAUCCUACAGAGGAACCAGAUGUUCCACCUUAUGGGGCCUCUACUGAUAAUCAUAAAAAUGUAGUGGCCUCUACUCUUUAACAAUCUACCAUAGCCUUUAUCGGACACUACUACUGGCCAUCUUCAGUAAGGACCUCCUACUAAUAGCCAUGUCCUGGGUACAUUAUGGGAGACCUCGUCACAUCAAACUGCAGAUGUAGAAGGAAGUCAGUCCUUGCCUAAGACAAAUGGACAUCCUGGUGUCAAAAAUGACCUUCUGACUGCAGCCAUAGGGAGGUUUUUUUACACCUUCAGAACAUCUCCUAUCCAAGUUUAGCUUUUAGCAGGCCAUGCAUGUAGGGAUAAAAUCAUUAGGUAUGGUUUUUUGGUGGUCCGACAGUUCUGGUUGAUAUCUACGUACAAUGGAUAUCGAUUGGGUUGUUGAAUGGCCAAGUCGGCCCAUGGAUGGUGGAACCAAAGCUUAUUGGCCUGAAAGAUUGGAACCAGUCUUUGGUGGCCAUGUUGUGUUUAAUAUAAUAUGCAUCAUGAGGUCCUCUGCCCGUUGAGUUGGAUACCAGACAGGAUUGGCCAGUCUAUGGCCGCUUGUAGAUUCCCAAAUUAUUGCAUCCAAGAUUUUUUCUCCUCCAGGCCCAGCCAAGGUCUGUAGCCACCAAUUCCACCAUUCAGGCUACAGGAGCCCCCAGUUUUUGUCAGUGGAGCUCCAGAAACCCCCGAGCGGUAUAUAGUAAGAUCUUAUCACAAGGCGGGGCUCUAAGCUCCACCCGUUUCCCCCGUCGGAAACGGAAUUACUAGUGAACAUUAUCACAGGGAACCUUAUAGAAGCUAUCUUGUACUUUUUUAUUUUUUAUUUUACAGGGUAGGUCCGUGCAAACUUUACAUUAGUUGAGUUAUUUGGCCUUUUUUUGUUUUCUUGUAAAGCAUCAAUGGUAUAUGUAUAUUUUCCAAAGAUAUUUGUUCUCUUUCUCUCUCUCUUGCUCUUGGCCUGUUCUGUGAAAAGAGCGAGCGAAUUGGAAUCUGAGCCAACGCUUAUUGCACGCUUCCGUGAAGCUUUUUUUUUUUUUUUUUUUAAUUUCUCCUCUCUCGCCUGCGAUUGGUCAAGCGCUAUUAUUGCCAUCGUUAUACCUCUUCUGUAAAUCUCGGUUUCUACGUCUCGAACGGCAGAUCACACUCGCUUUUUUUUGUUUUGUUUUUUUUAACGGAUAGUCUAGUGAAGCCAAUCAGCUUGCAGUGGGAGGUUUCGGCCUCGGCGAUCAGUUGAUUUUUAUUGGAGGGUUGACGAUGUCCAAUCAAAAUUGUUGUUAAAUUGUAAUGCAGCUGUUGGUGCCGGCACGUUGGUAACUCCUAAAGCAGCCGUAUCUCUUGGGGGUGAUGAAGGGGGUAUGAGGGUGAUGAAGAUGAUGGUACAGUCAGUGAAAGCCAAAGAUCACAAGGAAUUUGGCAUCAUUUCAUUGAAUUAUGGGAAAUUCCAUUGGAAGAGGAUCAGUAAUAGCACUUUUGAAUCACAAAUAUAAGGACAAAUGUGAAGCCUUAGUUCGGAGGUGGUAAAAAUGGCCCCCGGACAUUGACACAAGAUGUAGUGAAGGCCAUAAUGCUAAGCCCAAGGGCCUUCACGACAAGACGUAGUGAAGGCCCUUGGGCUUAGCGUUAUGGUCUAAGGUUAAGUCCAAGUUCAGGCCAAUUCAUGGCCAAUUUCUACGUUGUCUUGGCUUUCCUCCACCGUUGGAUUGUGGUGGUUCAGGAUCUUCAACAGGUUCAAGUAGUUCUACUCUUAAUCACUACUGUUCAGUUAGGAUGGAGGUGGUAAUAAUGGCCCCCGACGUUGACACAAGACAUAGUUAAGGCCCUUGGGUUUAGCCAUGGCCAAUUUCUACGUUGUCUUGGCUUUCCUCCACCGAUGGAUUGUGGUGGUUCAGGAUCUUCAACAGGUUCAAGUAGUUCUACUCUUAAUCACUACUGUUCAGUUAGGGUGGAGGUGGUAAAAAUGGCCCCCGGACAUUGACACAAGACGUAGUGAAGGCCCUUGGGCUUAGCAUUAUGUCUAAGGUUAAGUUCAAUUCCAGGCCAUGGCCAAUUCCUACGUCAUCUUGGCUUUCCUCCACUGAUGGAUUGUGGUGGUUCAGGAUCUUCAAAAGGUUCAAGUAGUUCUAUUUUUAAUUAGAAAAUGCACUGUUGAGUAGGAAAACGUACUUUUUUUGGUUUUGGUUGGCCUUGAAAAUCUAUUUAAACCUCUCUGAAUAUUGUUUUACCAAGUGCCUGUGUGGCUACGUACUUUAUUGGGGAAUUGAGUUGAGUUUCAGCCAUAUUAGUAGCCGAGGGGGGGAGGAGUUUUGGUUCCUAGAAGAUGAGAAUUAGGAGUAUGUCCUAUGAGUGACUUUGAUCAGUCAAAAACACCAGCAUUUUUAGGUUUCAUGUUCUCAAAUCUGCAGAAUUGGGUGAAACCUGAAAAAGAAAGGCCUCUCCCUUAUAGAUAAACCCAAUGUUGUGUAGAAUCAGUGAUGGUUUCUCUGCAAAGAUCACCAAUGAUGAGCGGUGGAGAUGCCGGGACCCCACCGGACCCUAAGAAAGAACCAUGGGUAAAUGCAGAUGACUUGGUGUUUCCUUAGGUCUAAACCUGACUGGGAGAACCCAAUGUUGUGUAGAAUCAGUGAUGGUUUCUCUGCAAAGAUCACCAAUGAUGAGCGGUGGAGAUGCCGGGACCCCACCGGACCCUCAGAAAGAACCGUGGGUAAAUGCAGAUGACUUGGUCUUUCCUUAGCUCUAAACUUGAGUAGGAGAAACAUCCAAAAGCAAAAAGAUGUCAUCAUCUGUCCACCCCCCGCCAUUUUACUGAGUAGGCCCACCCCCAAAGAGCGACAGAUAUCUGAUUCGCUGUACGAUAGAGUUACUUCCUGAAAAGUAGCAUUUUCGCCAAUCAGACCAACACAAAGCCCCACCACCACCUACUACUACUAGUGCCUUAACUUACUCAUCACCCCCAACAGAAGGUUUCCCUCCUCCGUACCUAGCGAGGCAAUACUAACGGUCUCUUAGUGCCUUACUGCAUGCACCAAAAACACCAUUUUACAUGUGACCAGCAUGGCAUUAUGGGUAAGUGCCAGUCACCCCGACCCCAUUUGUGCAAUUUCAAGAGAAGCAAUGAUGGAAACCCGCAGGGAUAAGUGAAAUUCUAAUACCACCGUUCCUAAGGACCACUCACACUUCUACCAAAACUCCGCCUACAGAGGAUUAGUCUUUAUGUUAGUGGUCCAAGAGGCCUUGUGGUAGCCCCAUUCCUACCUUGCUUCUUGGGUGGGUGAUAAUAAUGCAACUUGAAUGCCCAACAUUGACCAAGGUCCUCUCCAAACCCUUAUCCUCUACUGCUAUAAAUAAAUACCAAACUGCCCUCCCUAUCACCAUUGGUACGUUCCUAGUCCAGUCAAUGCAUUUACCAACGGAUCUUGUCCUCAUCCUCAUAUUUCCCAUACUUCCUUAAGGUCUUUCAGUCUCUGGAACAUCAUCGCUCAGCCCCCACUACCUGCUGUUCAUUUCGGCCAACUAACAGUUGGUGAGACUAGAAAAGAGUCAUCGGACGUUUCUCUGGUCAGUUCUGAGCAUCGCGAGACUUUCCUCUGCCCGCUCUCUUAAAUUUUUUAAAAUGAACACCAGGUGGCGCUGUUGCUUCAAACUCAUAUCAACAUUAUAAGAAACUGCUAAUAUCUUGAAAACGAGAGUGUUUGACAUGAAUUUGGUUCGAGGGUUUACGUUUCCAUUGAUUUGAUUGUGAUCAGGUUGGUUUGACCCACAUUGGUGGUCUCGGAGGUUUAGGCAGUCAAACCAAGUGCUUUAGAAGCUCUUACUGGAAUGGGAUCCGCCCCCAAAAAGUGGGGGUGAACCAAAUCGUUCAUCAAAUCAGAUUUGGAGAUAUAUCUUCAAUAUUCGUAGGCCAAGGGUUGGACCAUAAGGGCGGCCAACCAUAGGGAAAGGCCAAGUGCAUCUGUUUUGAGAUGUUUUAUGGCCGCGGAUAGAGAUUUAUUGGCAUCGGGGACGGAGAGACCUUGUUGUAUUGUGCUCGUGAUACGGUGAAAAAUUAUCUAUGAAAAAAAGAAUAAAAAAAAAUUAUCAGAAAGGGUAAAAAAAAAAAGUAAAAAAAAAUCAAAAAAUCUAUUGUAUCAGCGAAAUAAAGAAAAUCUAUUUUUGUAUGGAAGAAAGUUUAUCCCUUUUAUUGCAGGUUUUUGUAAUCACUUUCCAUUGUAUUCUCCAUAAACACUCAGUGGCGCCAAGUGGGGGCGGGGCUGUCAUCAUAAUGCCCUCGACGCAGGAGGCGGGGCCAGUGGGGCAAAAUUCUUGGAUAAUGUGGGCCCAAUAGUCGCCCUUUUUGGAAAACCCCAAGUCCAACAUCUUAUCCUAUAUGGCGAAAUGCUAUUGGGUAUUUUCAGCCCCAUUCAGAGGGGGUAAAAGGGGUAAAACCCCCCCCGGCGGAAGGCUUUGAUGAUACCCCCCCCCCAUGGCUGCAGUAUUACCCCAUGAUAGAAGGAAAGGUGAGGGGCUACGUAUUUAUAUACCCCUUCAUUGUUCAUGGCAGCUAGGCGGUAAAAAAAAAACAAAAAUAGCAGAGACUCCGCCCACCAGGGUUUGAAAAGCAACCAAUCAGCUGCGUCGAUGUAACUGCCUCCCCCGCUCGGCUCUGUUUUUACUGUGAAUCACUUCUGCACGCGUCGACUUUCGAGGCGCAAAACAAGCGCGUUGGGAACCUGAGUAUUUUUUUUUGUUUUUCUGGAUGAAUAACGGUAUUAGAAUUGUAAAGGAAACUCAGCGUUUUUAAAUAUAAUUCCAAGUUCAAGUCG